GCCGGGGAGCCAGGGCCCCUCAGUCGGCCCCGGAACCGGACUGGGCUCGCCUGACAACUGCCUGAGAUCUGGGCCGGGGCCUGGGUCUGUCCCUGCCCGAAAUCCAUGCCGAGCUCCCUCCCGGGCAGCCAGGUCCCCCACCCCACUCUGGAUGCAGUGGACCUAGUGGACCGGACGCUGAGGAAUGCAGGAACCUCUAGUUCUGCUCCAGUCUUGCAGGAGGGCGACACAGACCCCUGGGCCCUCCCUCAGCUGAAGGACACCAGCCAGUCCUGGAAAGAGCUCCGCACGGCUGGCAGGCUGCGUCUCGUGGCCGGCAACCUCCUCAAGGCCUGUGGGCUCCUCGGAUGCCUGUACCUGUUCAUCUGCUCCCUGGACGUCCUCAGCUCCGCCUUCCAGCUGCUGGGCAGCAGACUGGCCGGAGACAUCUUCAGGGACAAUGUGGUGCUGUCCAACCCCGUGGCGGGACUGGUCAUUGGUGUGCUGGUCACGGCCCUGGUGCAGAGCUCAAGCACAUCCUCCUCCAUCGUGGUCAGCAUGGUGGCCGCUAAGCUGCUGACCGUGCGGGCGUCCGUGCCCAUCAUCAUGGGUGUCAACGUAGGCACAUCCAUCACCAGCACCCUGGUCUCGAUGGCGCAGUCAGGGGACCGGGAUGAAUUUCAGAGGGCCUUCAGCGGCUCGGCGGUGCACAGCCUCUUCAACUGGCUCACGACGUUGGUCAUGCUGCCGCUGGAGAGCGCCACGGCCCUACUGGAGAGGGUCAGCGAGCUGGCCCUGGGUGCCGCCAGCCUGGAGCCCGGGGCACAGGCGCCCGACAUCCUCAAGGUGCUGACCAAGCCGCUCACACACCUCAUCGUGCAGCUGGACUCUGACGUGAUCGUGGGCAGCACCACGGACAACGCCACCACCAGCAGCCUCAUUAAGCAGUGGUGCAGCUCCAGCGGGCAGCUGGCCACGGGGAACAGCAGCGACUGUGGAGACUCCGGCCCCUGCGAGGACAGGAACAGCACAGCCCCGGCGGACAGGCUGCCCUGCCACCACCUGUUUGCGGGCACGGAGCUCACAGACCUGGCCGUGGGCUUCAUCCUGCUGGCCAGCUCCCUGCUGGUGCUCUGUAGCUGCCUGGUCCUCAUCGUCAAGCUGCUCAACUCUGUGCUGCGUGGCCGUGUGGCCCAGGCCGUGAAGACCGUCAUCAACGCGGGUGAGGGCUGGGGAGGAGGUGCGAUGGCCAGGGCUGACCCGGCACCCCCCAAGACUUCCCCUUCCCUCUGGGCUGGCUCGGCGGCUACCUGGGCCUCCUCUGCGGUGGCCAGGGCUGACCCGGCACCCCCCGCAGACUUCCCCUUCCCUCUGGGCUGGCUCAGCGGCUACCUGGCCCUCCUUGUGGGCGCCGGCCUGACCUUUGCACUGCAGAGCAGCAGCGUCCUCACGGCAGCCAUCGUGCCCCUCAUGGGAGUCGGGGUGAUCAGCCUGGACCGGGCGUACCCUCUCUUACUGGGCUCCAACAUCGGUACCACCACCACAGCCCUGCUGGCCGCCCUGGCCAGCCCCGCAGAAAGGAUACUCAGCGCCCUGCAGGUCGCCCUCAUCCACUUCUUUUUCAACCUGGCCGGCAUCCUGCUGUGGUAUCUGGUGCCCGCGCUGAGGCUGCCCAUCCCGCUGGCCAGGCGCUUUGGGGCAGUGACCGCCCGUUACCGCUGGGUGGCUGGGGCCUACCUGCUGCUCGGCUUCCUGCUGCUGCCCCUGGCAGUCUUUGGGCUCUCCCUGGCAGGGGGCAUGGUGCUGGCUGCCGUCGGGGGUCCCCUGGUGGGGCUGGUGCUCCUUGUCGUCCUGAUCAACACCCUGCAGCAGCGCCGGCCGGCCUGGCUGCCGGCCCGCCUGCGCUCCUGGGCCUGGCUCCCCCUCUGGCUCCACUCUCUGGAGCCCUGGGACCGCCUGGUGACCCGCUGCUGCCCCUGCAAGGCCUGCAGCCCCCCGCAAGCCACCAUCAAAGAGGCCCACUGCUACGAGAACCCUGAGAUCUUGGCCUCCCAGCAGCUGUGAGGGUGGGCACCGUGUGGACCACCCCGCCCUCCCUGGCUGGGAGGGCUCUGGAGGGUCCUGGGGGAGGGGUCCCCUGCUCCCCUUCUGUGCAAAUAAACCAGGCUGUUACCCCA